UUCCCGAACCAACGGGACUUCUCCUUCCUCACGGAAAUAAUAGAUGAAUUAUCGUGCGUCACUGUUCGAAUACAUUUCUCCCGCGAAUUGUUCAAACGUAUACUCGAGCGAUUCGUUCUCGACUAUGAGGGCGGAAACGAAUUCACGCGCUCGCGAACAACGCGCGAUCGAGGAGAGGAGAGAAGGAAGAAGAGGGGUCGUCAAAACAACGAUGCGUUUCUCUCGUUUAUUUUAGUACACGUUCCGACGUCACGAAGACGACAGUUUGCGAACGCGAUAAUAAUAUCAGGCCAAGAACAAGGGAACAGUGUCACACAACGAGGCAACCCACUUUGCGUGAGGUGCGCAUCAACCGACGAUUGCGUCAGCGAUCUCCUUAACGUUACCAACACAGUCGCGCCGACGAUGAUGCGUAUAUAUUUCCUCGCAGUUUUGAUCCUCCGUUGCGUUUCGUAUCCUGCGACGAGCGAGCUAACGACGUGGCUGAUGCAAGGCGACUUAUUUACCGAUGAGGAGGCAACAUCGCAGCUCAUCCAACUGGACACGCAUAAGACGUAUUACCCGGUGAACACCAUAGCGGAGGUGUCUUACACGGCACGACGCGGCGAAGUCAUCAGUUGCGUAAUCGCUGCUGCCGUUCACCAGCACGGCCAUGUCCACGUGAUAGAGGGUGGCUACAAGACGAGGAAAGUCCGCGUUCGUUAUACCACGAUGAACGGUAGACCGGACAUCCUCUUCGUCCUCAUUCAGGCCGUCAAGAGGGAACCGGUAUUCGUCGAAGGAAACGUCGCGAGAAGCACGAGACUGAGCAUCGUUCACGAGCCCAUCAGAAACUGGACCAUAGAGGAAGUUCGGAACUCCAUGCGCAACUUCUCCUCAAGCUUCUUUCCGUUGUAAUCCUAAUAUUUUCAUCCAUUAAAUACUUUCGGAGCGUGAAAGUAUUUAUCGAAGAGAUCUUUCCCGUUUUCCGCCGCCUUUUUAUAUCUUCUGCAAAUUGUCAAGCCGCUUCAGUUUCUACGCCGAAGAGCGAUUUUUCAACAGUCAGCAGUUGAGAAUCUCCUCGUGAGCGAAUCUUUCGUUCGCUCGUUCAAUGUAUGAAAUAUUAUGAUAUUACUUCUCGAUCGUCUCUUCAAUCUCUCACUCGUUCCACACGUAUCUCAAUCUGAUUCAACCAAUUUCUCCAGUUUCCAUCGUAUUUUCGUCAAAUAAAGAAAAAUCCGUCUACAAAGUCAUCCGUUCGUCCCGCACAAAUCCCGCCACGUUUUAUUCUUAAACGCUUCAUUAUAACGAUUUCAUCAUCUACGACCAGUGUACACUGAAGACAGAAUUCGGUAACAAUUGAUGUGGUUAAAUAGUUUCAAAUAAAUUAUUUGGUCAGUGCAACCAAAUUAUUUAAUACUAUAUACCGUAUAUAGUAUUGUAUAUGGUACUACAGAUUUAAUUGCAAACAAUUUAAUUGAAACUACUUAACCUUAUCUUGAUAAUUAUUACCAGAUUCUUUUUUCAGUGUAGGACAGAUCGGAACGCUCAGAUCGAUAUAACGAAUAAAACCAAGACGGAUCAUUCCUUCCUUCUAUUUUACAGACAGCCAUCAGGUUUCUCGUUCCACCUGUUGUACCAGCGAUGUUUGAGCGCUCGUCCAGUCGGCGUUAAUUGUGAAAGUAGAUCGCCACUCGUGUAACUAAUAAGGAGAUAUUACAUAUUUUGCCGAGAAGAGAUUGAAUAAUUAAUCGCGCGCAUCGUAACGAACUAUAGUAUUUCGUGAUAUUGCGCGAUCAAAUUUCGCCAUCGUGCUAAAAAUUAGUCAACAACUAGCAGACAAACACAAACAAGUGAUUUCAAGAAUAUUCGUAUCAAAACAGUAUAAUAAUGAAUAAAGGCGCUCUCUCUCUCUC